AUGGAGUAUUUUGACUUGAGCCAUAAUGAUGCCUUUGUAGUUUCUAUGAGGAUGAUCAAUACUCAGAGAUCGAGCUCGUCGACGCUGGGAGAGAGGCUACGCGUGCUGUCCAUACCGUUCAUAGUCGUCGCGGAGGCGCUCAUCCUUGUCUUCGCCGAUUGCUUCGAACACCACCCGCCGCUUUUCCGCCGUUCCCAGCAGACGACCUUCGACUUCGCCAGGCUCGCCCAUGACUCACAUUGCUUAAACGAGGGGGAGGCGCUGUACGAGCUCUAUAACAAGUUGAGCAACUCCAUAAUUAAUGAUGACCUCGUCCGCAAGGUUUUUUAUCUCUUUGAUGAAAAGAAAAAUGGUGCUAUUGAAUUUGAAGAAUUUAUACAUGCUCUUAGUGUCUUCCAUCCAUAUGCUCCCCUUGAGGAAAAAAUCUAAUGAGUGCUCAACUCUUCAAGAGAUUAACUUUUGAUUGAUUGCCUUUGCCAAAGCUUUAUUUUAAAAAAAGAUUUGACAAGAGAUUGUGUUUAACUUCCUUCUACAUUUUCUGCAGCUGCAUUCAGAUUAUAUGAUCUUCAACUAACUGGGUUUAUUGAGUAAGAAGAAGUGAGCUGCAAGCAUCGGUCAAAUUAUAGACAUUUUUUUGCUAAUUAAAAAUAUGGUUUCUGCACAUUUUGCACUCUUUUUCCAAUAGUGUUAUCGGGUUAUGUUGGCUAUUGUCCUGGGUUUGUGUUUUGUUUCUUACUUUUCAAAAUUUUCUUCAUUAGAUAGUCUUUUAAGUUAAAUGGGUCCUAUCCAUUUUGUGGAUUUCUUAUGUUUUCCUUCUGUUAUCGGGAUUUCCUGGUUAUCCUUACCAAAUUGAUGUUCCUAUUUGUAUAUAAAGCCACUUGAAUGAAGAAUCUUAACAGUUUUCUAGUUGCCUGUAGUUGAUAUAAUUGGUCGUUUCAUCGUACUCUUGUCUAUGAUAUUUGGUUGGGCACAUAUAAAUUGAUCUAAUACACUUCUAUUUUCAUCUAUAUGCUGAUUCAUUCCAAUUAUCCUAAAUGUGCAUGAUACUGUGAUUUAUUCUUAUUCCACUAGUUUUUAUUAUUUUAUUUUUCUCCAUUUUGCUGCAUGUAUUCUCAAUAACAUAAAUAACUGUGCUUCUAAGAACGUCAACCUUUUGCUUAAAUUUGGCCUAGUAGUGCUUGUAUGGAUGCCAUUUAGCUUUUGGUAUUCUGAAGUUCUUUUCAUGUAUUUGCAUGGCAACUGAUUGCAGUAAGACAAAGUUACAUUAGGAGCCAUCACCUACAUCAGUUGUGGUUUGAUUUUCCUGGUAGUUCUUAAAUUUCAGUCUAUAAUUUGCUAAAAUGUAGCAUUAACCCAUCGGUGUUUCUAAAGAUAUACUUUGUGGUUGGCUAGAUGAAUUGUUCCUUAUCUAGUUAUGUUAUUUUGAUAAAAAUUGUUGAACAUACAUAAUAAACAAAUCAUCUUUGGUUUCAAGUUUUGUAAUGAAAAGCCUAGGUGUGCUGUGGCAGCUAUGGAAAUGGACCCUCUGGUUUAGAUUCUGUUUUAGCAUUUUGACAUCCUUUAUGCUUGAAAUUUUAUGAAGUUUAAUGCAUUUUUAAUAAGCCUUUUCAGUUGGAAUUAACAAGGUAGUUUAAUGAACAAAAAGGCCUGUUGAAAUUUAGUUGUAGUUUAAUCGUUCCAAUCACUUACAUAUGUUAACAAUCAGUAGCUUUUCAAGUUUUUGCAUGGUUCUAAAAGUGACCGAGUAACACCAUCUAAUUUAGGCUUCACAAUUAAACUGUAACCUGUGAUGUUUUCUUGGUGACAAGAAAAACUGGAGCCUCUGAAUCUUCUGGAUGGUAAACAACUUUGUUACAAUCAUGUUUAUGUUGAGAGGGGCUAAAAUUCUGACACAAUAACCCAUUAAACAUCAAAUAGAAAUUAUUGCAAUGUCAGGUACUCGUGCUUAAUCAGAUAAUUUGCAAUUCCAUUGUACUUUUGUUUUAGGCUAAGCAUGAGAUUGAGGACCAAUGAGUUUGAAUUCUUCUGCUAGAUAGUAUUACUAAUUGUAUGUAACUAUAUUGGUAAAUUGAUAAUUUGUUUCUGACAGUUAGUAUUACUAAUGGCAUGUAACUUGAUUGGUACAUCACUAAUUUAUUUCUAAUAUUUCUUUUCCCUUUUAUACAGAAUUAUAAAUGCAGUUACAGGAAUGUUGGAUAGCAGAAGUUCACUUAGAUGGGAAAAGGAUAUUCUAUAAAGAUUUGAUCUCAUGCAUGACAUUGUUUAGUUAUAUUUUCUGUAUUUUUCAUCUUGGAUAUUCUUCUUUGUUUAUAUUGUUGCAACAUGAAUUAUUCUCCUGAUCGACAUGCUUCUUUCAUUGGUGUGAGAAUUCUCGUUUUACUUUAGCUCCUCUUUAGAGAAGAUGACAACAUUUCACACAUGGAACUCCUCUAUGGUUCCUAACAUGGUCUACUAGACUGAUGGAUUUCAAUCUUACAAAUCGAAGCUAUGUUACUCCUAUUGAGUUAUUACAUACAUUUUUCAUCAUCUCGUUUUGUUUAUACACAUUGAGAUGUACCAUCAUGUUCUCAUUUCUUAACAUAUAGAUUUGUAUUUCUUAGGUGAAGCAAAUGGUUGUUGUUGUUAUCAAGGAAAUUGAUGUUCAAAAAAUAGUUCUAAUGGUUCGCAUUUUUCCCAGGGAAGUCACAACACUUUUCCCCAGUUUUGUCUUCAACACGGUGGCCGAGGACUAAAUCAAACAUGGGUUGCAUGCUGGCGUGCUGGUUAACUCCGGCAGCUAUUGACAGAAUCAGACCGACGUUCUCCAGGGAGCAACAUCAUAUGGCAGAGCUGUGGCGCCGUUUGCUCUUUCAGCGACCCAUUUUGUUGGCCCACUACUCCUCAUGGCUUUCGUUGUCUCUGCCUGCCUGCCUGCCUGCCGUGUUGGUCCAAAGGUGUUGUUUUCAUGUUUCGAACCUCGAAACAAAUUGAAGUGCCUUUCUUCUCGUUUGUACA